CUCAAACAAACGUAAACUCACUACUUCAUCUUCAACUUUUUAACCCCACAAUCAAAUGGCUCCAAGAACCUACCUUGCUCUCUUCCUUUCUUUCAACCUCCUCUUCUUCACUUACACCUCUGCGGCUUGUCCUAGAGAUUCCCUACAGCUCGGUGUUUGUGCCAAUGUUCUCAAGCUAGUGGAUUUAACAUUGGGAAACCCACCUGUAACGCCAUGCUGCUCUCUCAUCCAAGGCGUGGCUGACCUUGAGGCUGCAGCCUGCCUUUGCACUUUGGUCAAGGCUAACGUACUUGGAAUCAACCUUAACCUUCCCAUCGAUCUCACCGUACUCCUCAAUGUUUGCGGUAGAACAGCUCCAACGAACUUCCAGUGCGUGUAAGUUGAAUACUUAUAGCAUACCUAUAAAAUGAAUAAAUCAUACAUUUUGAUGUAUUGUGGAACCAAUUUUCAUAUCUUCUUAUAUUGUUUUAAGAUGAAUUUUUGUUUUUGGGUAUUUUUCUUGGAUUGUUUAAAACGAACGUACGUUCUCAUGAAAUAAAGUUUGUACUUUUUUUCUUCAUUGAUCAAUCUCUUCAUUGUAACUUUGUCUUUAAUUCGAAUUUGAUUAAUAAAAGUAUCAAUCAAUUUUGUUGA